CAUCAUAACUACGCGCUGGAAAACAUUCUCUGGUGAGAGGGCGAGAGAAUGAGUCUGAAAAUGCAAGCAAAGAAAGCCUUUGCUUUUUCUCUCUAGUCUUCAUUUCACAGUACCUGUCACUUUACCUUUUGCCUUCCCAAACCUCUCUCUUUCUCUUCCCCAACUUUCUAUUUGGUAGAUAAUCAACUUCUAAUUAAGUAGUAAUUUGCUGCUUUACUUGAGUUGUGACUGCCCCUCCACCAUUUCUCUCUCUCCUUCUCUCUCUCUCUCUCUCUCUCUCUCUCUCUCUCUCUCUACUUUUUUUGGUGUUAAUUAGGUGGCUAUGGAGAUUGACGAUGCCGAAACGAAGUCAAAGAUGGAAGAUUAUGAAGUAAUAGAGCAGAUUGGGAGAGGGGCUUUUGGAGCCGCCUUUCUUGUUCUUCAUAAGACUCAGAAAAAGAAGUAUGUAUUGAAAAAGAUUCGUUUGACUAAGCAAGCGGAGAAGUUCAAACGCACAGCUCACCAAGAGAUGAAUUUAAUUGCAAAGUUGAAUCAUCCAUAUAUUGUGGAUUAUAAAGAUGCUUGGGUGGACAAGGGAGACUGCAUAUGUAUUGUAACGGGCUAUUGUGAAGGAGGUGACAUGGCUGAUAUGGUAAAGAAGGCCAGAGGACAAUUUUUUCCAGAGGAGAAGCUCUGCAAAUGGCUGACUCAGUUGUUGCUAGCUGUGGACUACUUGCACUCCAAUCGUGUACUUCAUAGGGAUCUUAAGUGCUCAAAUGUAUUCCUUACAAAGGACAAUGACAUCCGACUUGGUGACUUUGGGCUUGCAAAACUACUCAACACAGAAGAUCUUACUUCUUCGGUUGUCGGAACUCCAAACUACAUGUGUCCUGAGCUCCUUGCAGAUAUACCUUAUGGCUAUAAAUCUGACAUAUGGUCGCUUGGUUGCUGUAUGUUUGAGAUUGCCGCACAUCAACCUGCAUUUAGAGCGCCUGACAUGGCUGGGCUUAUCAACAAAAUUAACAGAUCCACCAUUUCUCCUCUUCCAAUUGUGUAUUCUUCCACACUGAAACAAAUCAUCAAGAGCAUGCUCAGGAAAAGUCCAGAACACAGACCAACAGCUGCAGAGUUAUUAAGGCAUCCACACUUACAACCAUACGUCCUUCAAUGCCGCAAUGCAUCAUCUGUUUUUCUUCCUGUAUGUCCACAAACCAACUUAAAAGAAAAAACUCCAAGAAAAUCACCACCUAGCAAGCGCAGCAGUGGCAAAGACAACAGAGAUAGAGAGGCUGGAAAAAUGAACCACGUGGAAAAGGUCCAACCAUUUGGGAGCAAUGCUGAUCUGACGCAUAGAUAUGUAACAAACAUUGAUAACCCUGUAUUCACAGCUAGUGCAGAAGAGCUUGAAACCAAGAGAGUUGAUCCUACUAGCUGUUCUUUGGAAGUAUCCAAUGCCACUGAUGGUUCAAAAGAUGGGCCGACUGAUUCAGAAGCAUCUGUUUGCGAUAAGCAAGCUGACACUAUCAGUAUAGCACAAAAGGAAAAUACUGAAUCUGACAUUGAGGUUACAUCAGAGAGCGCAUCAAAUUCUCAGCAUGAAGAACUAGAAGAACCAACUGCCUCAAAUUUCAAACACUUGAAAGAGGUUGAUUUCAAGACUCUGAACAGUGAGGACAGAAAGGCAUAUGAAAAUCAACAAGUUCUUGAAGGAGCUAAAGCAGAAGGAGAGGGGGCUAAUGAAGAAAAUUGCAGGGUAUUGGCGGUGCCCAGUGUAAGCGGUACUGAAAAAGUUGGGUGGAUUGAUGAUACUGAAGUGGAACCCAGUUGUUGUUUAGAGAAGGAAAGGUCCAAUGUGUAUACUGAAGUUGGUAAUGCGGAAUACUUGUUAUCUGAAAAUAACAAUGAAAGCUCCAUACAGAAAGCAAAACAUGAAGUGGUGGGAAAGGCAGACAAUAACAAUUGCUCUGCGCAGAUAGAAAAAGGUGAGGCUCGUGUGAUUAAUCAAGCAGCAGGUGAUGUAGCGGCAGUAGGCAGUGAUGAUUCCAAGAGUGACUGGGAAAAUCCAAGUCAGCAAAGAGCUGAUGCCCUUGAGUCUCUGCUUGAGCUAUGCGCACGGCUACUAAAGCAGGACAAACUUGAUGAGCUUGCCGGCGUGCUAAGACCAUUUGGAGAAGACGCCGUCUCUUCUAGAGAAACAGCUAUCUGGUUGACAAAGAGUCUCAUGUCUGCACAGAAAUCUAAUGGAGAAUCCUAAGUUUUAACGGUCAAUUUGCUUGUAAUUUAUGCAAAACUGUUCCGGAAAAUAAGAAAAAGAAAAAAGAGUAUUUGUUUCAUCGUAUUGACAUAAAUUUGUUUGUCAACCAGAGUGUUAUUUGCUGAAGAUUUAGAGUGGGAAAUAACAUAUUUGCAGAUUGUUACUCAA